AUGACUGUCUACCAAGCCACUGCGUCUGCGCCUGUAAAUAUCGCAUGCAUAAAGUAUUGGGGAAAGCGCGACACCAAGCUUAUCCUGCCAACCAACUCGUCCCUUUCCGUCACCCUCGACCAGGAUCAUCUCCGCUCUACGACUACAUCGCGCGCCGAUCCAUCAUUCGACAACGACAGACUCUGGCUGAAUGGUGCAGAGGAGGAGAUCAAAGAGAGCGGCCGACUUGCAACAUGUAUAAAGGAGAUGAAGCGUUUGCGUCGAGAGGUGGAAGAGAAAGAUCCUAGCCAGCCGAAGAUAUCCUCAUACCAUGUGCACAUAUCCUCUCGGAACAACUUUCCCACCGCUGCAGGUCUCGCGUCCUCCGCCUCAGGCUUCGCCGCCCUGGUAUCCUCCCUCGCUGCGCUUUACGCUCUUCCAAGUACCCCGUCGGAGCUUUCUAUUAUCGCGCGGCAGGGCUCAGGCUCUGCCUGCCGCUCUCUCUUCGGCGGGUUCGUCGCCUGGCAAAUGGGCUCGCGGCCAGACGGUUCCGACUCGCUAGCGAUCGAGGUCGCACCCCGCGAACACUGGCCCGAUAUCCAUGCCCUCAUCUGCGUCGUCUCAGAUGACAAGAAGGGCACGUCCUCCACCUCAGGCAUGCAGCGCACCGUCGAGACGUCCACGCUGCUCCAGCACCGUAUUAAGCACGUCGUCCCCGCACGCAUGCAGGCCAUCUCCGAAGCGAUCCGUGCACGCGACUUCGACGCGUUCGCGCGCACCACGAUGCAGGACUCGAACCAGUUCCACGCCGUCGCGCUCGACACGGACCCGCCCAUCUUCUACAUGAACGACGUCUCCCGCGCCAUCAUCGCGCUCAUUGUCGAGUACAACCGGGUCUCGGUCGCGAACGGUGGCAAGAUCAAGGCAGCGUACACGUACGAUGCCGGUCCCAACGCUGUCAUCUACUCGCCGAAGGAGAACCUCAAGGAGAUCGUCGAGCUCAUCAUCGGUUACUUCCCCCAGGAUCAACCGUUUAAGGAUCCCUUUGGAUUGUUCGGCACUGCGGGUGUACACGGCAAGGUCGUUACAGGAUUCAACACCGCAGUCGCGAAACCAUUCGGUAUUGGGGCUAUUAAGGGACUGAUCCAUACACGGGUUGGCGACGGUCCUAGGGUGUUGGGUGCAGAGGAAGCUUUGCUCGGGCCGGACGGGCUUCCCAAGGCUACGUAG